AUCAAGAACGUCAUAGCCAGCUCUACCACAAAGUCUACAAUGCUACCCAGUGCCGACAGCAUUACUGAGCGCUCGCGAAAGUUUUACGAUGGAACAUACACGUGGGAUUUUGACGGCUUCACCGACGACAUGGGAGUAUAUCGUACUUUUGACUGCUACGACCCGGAUGCUCGAGCUCCAACACCGCUGCCUCCUAUGUUUUUGAGCGAUGAUGAAGAAGAUGAGGUGCUGCAAUGUGGCGCUGGUGCCGACAUGGAGACUCUUGCGUUGGCACCAGACGCUGGAAACAAAGGAAGCACAGCAACGGCGCGAUGCGAUGAGUCGUCUCGUGGUCAUGCCGAUAAGAAGCAUCUCGUUGGAAAGACGGAAUACGCCUUGCAAGACACCAUCACACCGCCUACUAGUCCCACGGUUAAGAAACUAGACACAGCUAUAGUUGGAAACAAGCACACCAAUCCCAUAACGCCUCCAAAAGACGUCAAAUCAAAGGUUCAGAAUCCUUCGCCCUCGUCCUCGGGUCUUUCAGACUGUCCGUCAGAUCUCUCUGAGUGGGAUGUAUGCCUUCCGGUAAGUACUCAUGCAGAUAGCGUGACUUGUUGUGGCACUGCUGAGAAGGUUUUAGAAUCUAAGUCAAAAGAAGACUACAAAGACGAGCAAACCGCAAGAGCCUGCUCCGAAACCGACAAAAUCAAAAGUUUCGACUCGGGGAGUUGCACAGAAGGUUAA